GUGUUGCAAAUUUGCUUAUACAUCGUAUUUUUUGGUUAUAAACUGUUAUUCCGCAUUGAAUUUGCUAAAAAUUUCAUGUCAUCGCAUUAUUGUAGAACACUUUAUUCAAUCGUUCGAAGUAUUAAAAAAUUCAAUUAAAAAACUAUCAUUAAGAUAAUCAAAAAUUAUGUCAGGCACUCCGGCAGAUCUAUUACAUAAAUUGUGUUCGCAGCACGGAGUUCAUACUCCUUAUUUUGAUAUGGUUCCACACGAAAGCGAUCCAAAAAUGUUCUCUUGCAUUUGCACUGCAUUUAAUUUAACUUCCCGAGGCUCUGCUCGGUCAAAAAAAUUAGCGAGGCAAGAAGCCUGCGCCAAUCUACUCGAUAAGCUAAAAACAAAAGAACAAUUUAAAGACGAAGUUCAAGCAAUACCAGAAGCAAAGAAACCAGUAACCACCAGAGAUGCUGUCAUGCAUUUGCGCGACAUUUGUGUGCAGCGCCAAUUGCCACUUCCAACAUUUAAGGAGUUUCAAUCAUGUGGUGCAACAAAUACGCCGUCUUUUACUUACAUUUGUCAAUUGUCAACAAUAAAGCGCACUGGAACAUAUUCAAGCAAAGUGGAAGCAAAACAAAAGGCCGCUGUUGCAAUGAUCGAGCUCAUUCAAACUUUUGAACAAAACGAGGAACAAAAAGAAAUCGCCAGCACUUUAGGUGGUGCCACUAGUUCUGAUGCUGACACCACGCCCAAAUUUCUAGAUCUCGUAAAAUCGAAGGAUGGAAAACUCCAGUAUUGGGCUCCACACAUCUUCAAUAGACACAAAUACUUUCUGCAAUUGCCCAAAGUCGAUCGUGAUGAAGCCAAAAAGAUUUUGCAGGGCUCCACUGAUAUCACAAGCAUGAAGAAGGUUGAAUUGGUCUGUACUGCACUCAAACUUAAAUACGGCAUCAAAAGCAUUCCGGACCAUCCAGAAAAUUUCAUGGUUUUUCACUUGUUUGGCAAUCACGACUGUGUUAUUGCAGCCAAAGAAGAUGAAUUAUAUGAUAAAAUUAUUGACCAUUUUAAAACAAUACUGAAUCUUUAAAAACAUUUUUUUAAACAUUUUUAGGGAAAAUUUUAGGUAACGCAAAUAUUGCUCUGAAGAAUAUGAUUGAAAUACAGUUUAAAUGCAAUUUAGAUUCAUUCUUCGUUAACUCCAUAUUUUCUUUUAUAUAAAAUUUGUUCUAUCAUGGAUUGUUGUAGUUGUACUUCAGUAAUAUCAAACUCAUUUUUAGCUUCACGGAGAAAAUAAACAAUUAAACAAGGAAAAUAUAUAAUAGAGUCAACACCGUUACUUCAUACACAUCGUUUAUAAAUGUUUACAGUUCUGGAAAA